CUCCUCCACUGCCAAAACUCGACGAACCUUGAUGCAAAAUGUCGUCGAUCUCCACACUCGACGCUGCUGCCCAAGAACGAAAAGCCCGACUAGCCAAAUUAGGAUCUUUGAAGCGUAAGCAACCUAGCGAUGAGCGCGGUGACGAAGAUGGGACCUCAACUGCUCUGACUGGGACUGUGUCAGGAGCACUAAGCUCAACAAGCAGCUAUCUGUCAGGUCGGAACUACGACCCCGAGAUACGAGGCCCAAAAUUAGGAUUUGAAUUCAAUCCUGCUGGUGACAACAUCACGUUGGAGCAACAAGCUGCAGCGCUUGCAGAGCAAACGAGAGCUGCGGCUGAGGCCGAGGAGCAGGCUGGUCAACCGCUCGAUCUCUUCAAACUCCAGCCGAAGAAGCCAAACUGGGACCUGAAGCGGGAUCUGGACAAAAAACUCGAAGUACUGAACACAAGAACCGACAACGCGAUUGCAAGACUGGUAAAGGAAAGGAUUGAGGCUUCGAAGAAGGCCAAAGCUGUCAAAAGUGCGGACGGAGACGAAGACGUCGGAAUGGAAGGGAACGUCUUGGUAGAAGCGAUGCAUAUGCGUGAGAGGGAAGAAGAGGAGGAGGCGAAGCGCGAGCGUGAGGCUGAAGAGGCUGAGGAGGCCGAUCCUACUUGAGAAAAGAUAACGUCCCAAUGAAUACAGUCGAGCUCUGUCUGGAGGACAAUUACUGGGCGUCCAGGGCAAUAUCACAUCGAGCGGAGAUCACGAGUCUAGCAUAUGUUCAGCCAAGGACCUCAAUCCCACACGCCUAAUUGGCACGACUGAGCACGCGAGCGCGAGGCCAGUCCGCGGCAAGAGUCCGUUACCCAUCAAUGGGACGGGAAAACGUGGGUCAUACAAACUGUCAAAUUAUUGGGUGUAGAAAGUAGGAGUAGGCACCAGUGUUCUGGAUGACUCUGGCAUGUGUCGGUCAUGAAGAGUAAUUAUUUCGAACAGGAGCAUUACAUCUCAUCGAGAAAAGGAAUGGCCAGCUAGUUCGUAAAGACUACCAAUAAGUGCCAGCACUUAUAUCAAGCUGUAUUUUUAAAAUGCCCACACAAAUAGCUCAUACCUAAAGCAUACCGUUACAUGCCA